GGGUUGGGAAACCUCACUGACCCAAAGGAAAUCCUCUUUUUGUGAGCCCAUGAAGCUGUGCGGCUGCAGGGACUUCAGAGUGCACGGAUUGGGCUGCUGGGACAAGAUGAGAAGUUUAAACAUACAAAAAACCCAUUAGUUAGAUUUAUUACUUUAGUUAAAAGCGCCUGUUUGAAGAAUGUCCAUGAAGGGGUCUGUGCUCGCAGUGGGGAAAUGCCUCGCCUGCCUAGAGUUUAUGUUGUUUCCAGUGUGGCGGGGGAUCGGGGUCGGUGGUGGUGGUGUCGGAGGCGGGUGGAUCCAGGGCUGGGGACGCUGCUUGCGAUGGGAGCCUGACAGUCCAGGACAAGGGGCCCGGACCCCGGUAAUUGACUACCCUGUCUGGGUUGUCCUCUGUCGUGGGGGACACGCCAGGCUCAGGGAGGUUUGUCAGAGAGGCAGGGGGGCCAUCAGACUGCCCACAGAGAUGCUCAGCAUCAAGCUUCCCCAGCUUUUUAACAUCCAUCAGAUCCCCAAGGUGUUCAGGGAGGAUAGCAUCAUCUCUGGAUACCGUCACCCUCGGAGCUCUGCGCUGGACUGCGUCCUCAGCAGCUUCCAGAUGAACAACGAGACCAUCAACAUCUGGACCCACUUCCUGCCAACAUGGUACUUCCUUUGGCGUUUCUGUGUCCUCUGCUCCACUAUGAACUUCCUGACCGACAGCUACACCUGGCCCCUGCUGGUGUACAUGCUGCUCGUCUGCAUUUACCCCUUCACCUCCAGCUGUGCACACACCUUCAGCACCAUGUCCCCAGAGUCCCGCCACAUCUGCUACUUCUUUGACUACGGAGCGCUCAGCCUCUACAGUCUGGGUUGUGCCAUAAGUUACGGAUACUACGUCAUGCCAGACUGCUGGGUGAACAGCUGGCUCCAUCAACACUUUGCCCCCAUUGCCAUUGGAAACACACUGUUCUGCACCAGUCUGUCCUGCUAUUCCAGGUUCCUGGAGCUGCAGUUCCCACAGAGAAGUAAAGUUCUGAGGACGGGAGCGUUCGUCCUCCCUUUUAUAUUUGACACUGUCCCUCUGUUUUACAGGAUUCUUCUCUGCUGCGGGGGAAACUGCAGCCACAGCGACGCCUUGUCCAGUCACUGUUACCACCUCCUCUUUGCCUUCCUCACCUGCUUCCUGUUUACCGCCCACCUCCCUGAGAGGUUGGCUCCAGGACGCUUCGACUACUUUGGCCACAGCCACCAGCUCUUCCACAUCAGCGCCGUGGUGGGGACCCACUUCCAGAUGGAGGGCGUGAUGGCAGACAUGACGUCACGGCGGACGUGGCUCCUGGACCACGGGGCGAUGCCCUCCUUCCUGGGGACCAUCGGGGUUCUGGUCGCCAGCCUCGUCCUCAACCUCGGCAUCAUCGGCAUGUUCAGCGCUCCGCUGCUGUGGAAACCCUGCCACGGCUCCAACCAGCCGCACGCGUCAACGUGCGAGUGCAAGGAGAAGUGAGCGGCGGUGCAUUUUCCACCAACAGCCACAAAAUGUCUAAAAUCACUUUCCAAAGGAAAGGUUUGGGCUGUUUGUCCGUCUCAGCAGUGUGUGUGUGUUUGGGAUGAUUAACAGUCACAGUAGUGCGUGUUUAACACCAAUAGUUCACUCGAGAUAAAGAUUGUGAUGCAACAUGUCCAGUGCUUAAAGUAUCUCUGUAAAAGUUAUACACCUGAAGUAUUUGUUCAUGUGUUUACUCAGCAGCUGAAGACCCAGUCGCAUUCAUUGAAGCCUUUUUCUGAUGUUGCAUUAAGCUCGCGUGUGAGAAGACAUGUCUCCCGUGUACAAAAUGUCUGUUUAAUUUAUUUUUAAGCUUCCUCGAUGUGCAUUUUUAAAAAGGCUCUGGGUUGAAGGACGCAUGCUGAUGUGACGCAACACACACAAGUGCCUUUUUAUCGUAGAGUCACACUUUAUUUACCCUGUUUACAGUAGAUCACUUAAAGUACAAGUUUUGAAUCUCAAACUGGAAACAUUUAAUGUCGCAGUUUGCAGGGAUCAUAUUCUCAAUUAGUGAAUUUGUUUUGCAUGUACUAGGCCAGAAUGUCCUUUUUUACAUUAUUAAGGAUUUAUUGAGAAUGCUCUUAGUAACUGGAUUACUUGGUUAGUGUGGUUCUUUGUAUGAAGCGGUCUAAAGACGACCCUCGUUCAGCUCUACGUAAUACAAAGCGCAUUGUGUCGCCGGCUCUUAUACAUCCACUUUCACUCUGCAGGGAAGGGAAAGAAUUCAUGUGGUUCUUUCUUUCUUCUUUCCUUCUUCUGAUUGCCUGCCUUUUUUAUUAUGAACUCCUAAAACCUACUCUCACAAAUCUUACAGUGCGGCGGGGAUUAAAAGACGGGUACCAUUUUAGUAGUAGUAGUAGUAGUACGUUUCCACGGCAACGCUAUAGUGGCCCCCUGAAGGUCUCAAACUAUUUUUAUGUCGCGAGCAAACGGCACCUCUCGUUCUUCCAGCGUGUGUGUCAUGACAUCUGAACAUUUGUCGUGUACUAAAAGCACAUUCAGUGGUUGAUUUUGUUUUUAACUUUAUACACUUUUUUUUUGCAUUUGUCCAGUUAAAUUUCCAACACUUGUGGUUUAUAAAUAAAAAUAUAUGGAGAGAGGGGAAGGGAAAAAAAAGUAUGUUCAGUGAUAGUUUGGGGUCGUGUUAACAUGAGAGUGUUGCGGCGUUGCAGCGCAUAUACAGUUUAACAAACCGGUAUCACUCACUGUUCUGUGGUUCUCCUGUUGACCCACGAGACUGACGAUACAUUUGCCACUGAAAUAAUAAUUAUAUAUUUAUAGAAUUUUAUUAUACGUGUUGUUUUAGGUGCAUAAGCGGGAAUGAAGUCUUUUCGUUUUGGGGGAGAUCUAGAGUACCACAGAUUCACACGCUAUAUGUUGUGACGGCUAUUGAAGCUUUUGUUUCCAUAAAACGAGUGGGGGGGAAAAAAAAUGCAGGCAGAUUAUUUUAAUAAGUUUCCAACUCUAGUCCACUUUAUUUUAAGAGUUUUCUAUAACAUGUGUUAGAUCUGAGAUGAUUAAUUGAUUUAUCGAUUAGUUGAUUGACAGAAGUUGUUUGAUAUUAGAUGCAAUCGCUUCGUCAGACGUGCUGCUUCCAGCUUCAAUGUGAAUAUUUUUUUGUAUCGUUUUUAAAUUGAAUAUUUGUUUUGAGAAAAAAUAUUUAAUGGACAAAGUAAUUGAUUGAGAAGAAAAAAUGGAUGAUAAAGUAAAUUAUAAAUGAUCUCAGAUUUUUCACUUAAGAAAAAAUAAAACCAUAGUAGGAAAAUAGGACUUUAUGAUGGACAAAUUAGAGAAUUAAUUUAAUAAUAUCGUCAUAGCACUACUGUAUAUACAGCCUAUGCUUCGGAGACUGGCAAAGCAUUGUCGUUUUAAUGGCAGACGGGGAGAACGAUACUUAAAGUCCAUGUUGCCGCUGUAACGCACUGUAGGUACAGAUCAAAAACACUUGACUGACUAACUCAUUUGUAUAAAACGAGUUUUAAAGCAUGUAUGGCACACACUUACACUUAAUUCCACCAGUUGUACGUACACACAAUUCACAGGAAGCACUUGGCUAACGCACACUCUUACAAAUGUCUUUUAGCUGUGUUGGUCUAUAGAGUUUAAUAAGAGGGGAAAACGUAUGUGAUAUUAUGGGACUGAGGCGUGUUGCAGGUCCAUGUUGGAUGCUGGAGAUGAAAUGUCGGACGCAGAGUUAAUGUGUAGAAUCACAAACGCACAUGUACACACACACACGCAGACACACUUUUGCACUCGAGCAGGGGAGUUGUUUAAGAUGUUUUCCAGGUUAGGGUGCAGAGUAUAAAUAUCCCAUCAGACUUUUAUGUUGCAGACAAAACAGAGCAGUACUUUCCCCUCAAUGCCACCGACUCUUUCUGUUUUAUCUCCACCCAUGCCGAGCGUCGAUCGAUUUUAUUUUAUCUAUUUUCUCCAGUCAUCAUCUUACAGCGUUCUUCGCUUUGACCCGGUUGAUUCUUGGAAUUGCAUCAUUACUGGCUUCUGUGGCGUUUCUUUGCUAUCGACCCAAACUAGUUUGGAACUCAUUUAUUUUCUCAGCUGCUGCUGUUGUUGUUGUUUAGUUUUUUUCAUCUCACUCAUUCUCAGCCGUUUGGUGCCUGCACUGUUUUCCAGCAGUUUGACGGUUCUGAAGCUCAGAGAUGCCGAGGCUUCAACAUCAAAUACAUCGAUGCUGAUGUCACCUUUUUCUGAAUUACAUUUUCACAUUUUAUUCUGACCAAAUGAUCAAUUCCAGACCCACAAUUUCUCCAGACCAGAUCAGUUACUUGUUGAAGGCCAUUUGUCAUGUAUGGUUCACUCCUCAGUGGACAAACAGAUUCAGGUCGUAAUUAUCAGGAAAACCGGGCGCUUUCUUUGUGAUUACUUAAAAGAAAAAAAGAAUACAGUGUAUUGAAGGAUGUUUGAAAAAGUGAAAUGGAGAACACAGACGGGUGCACGAUGAAACAUUUCAUACAAGAACUCAAAACGGGGUUUGAGAGUCAUUGGUGCCUAUUUCUUUAAUGUGUUUUGUUCCUUGUCUCUUGAAAAAAGACAAACUACUCUUAAAAUGUAUAAAUACUUAUUUGUUAUUUGCUGUGUAAAAUUUGUAAUUUGCUACUUUUGUUCUACUAGAUUUGUGUAAUAAAUUAAGCCUUUUAUAAGUGUAA